AUUUUUUGACAGCUACCGGUUUAUUUUACCAGUCAAUUUAUCGGUGAAAUUUGGAAAGUGCCCCUUAAGUUCGAGCUUUCACCUCAAAAAUGGUUAUCCAAUUUUUCAAUGAAUUAUCCUUUGCUCAUCCUGAACACCGUCGUACAUGUUUUAACUUCUAUGGGCUCCUUUAUUCAAUUCUUUAAUUUUUAAACAUCACUCUCUCACUGCUAGGCAACCAGUAAUACACUCAUUCACACCUGAGAUCUGUCACAUUAUUGACAGACGCUGGGAAGUGUUUUUCAGUAUUUUUAUGGGGUACAUCUACAUCUCAGAUUUCAAUUUCAAUUCCUAUCCUCCUCUAUUUUUAGUUAAAAAAAAUAUUUCCUGCAACAAAAUAUCUGAGAAAAUUUAAAUCGUAUCCAUCCUGCGUUCUUUCUAUUGGUAAUUCGUAAUGGCAAUGGGCCAUUAGUAUUAAAAUCCAGGUUAUGGUAUUGGAUGACAAGGUUCAGAGGUUUGAGAUAAUUUGGGAUUUUCUUUGAUAUUUACCUUGGGUUGCAAUCGGAACAGGAAAGAGGAAAGUUUACUUGUAAAUUACCAUAAGACAUCACAUUUUUAUUCAGAAAAUCGUCCAGAUUCAAUAUACUUAGUUAUGGAUGGUGGUGGCGAUAGACUAGAUAGGCCCUGGCAUGCAAGUAACGUAGCUAUAAUCCGAGAAGUAUAUGAUGGCCCCGAUUCACAAGAAUUCUUUGCUAUGGAGCUGGAGAAAUAUUUACAUAAUUGUUGCUCUAUAAUCGUUAUUGAACCAUCACAACUCGGAGAUGAAACGGCCCGAUGGAUUUCAGCUGGAAAUAUUUUACACAAAAUCGCAGUGAUUAGUGGUUUUUCAAGUUUAGUCACCGGUUUUGUUUGGCCUGAAAAUGUUGUACCUCAAGCACCAUUAGGUAUUUUUUCAGUAUUAUGUACAGGGCUCUACACUGCUUCAUGGCAAUUCGAUCAUUGCGUUAAAUAUCAGGUUGAAAGAGAUCCCAGAAAACUGGCAAGGCUUCCAAUUCUUAGUGCUCUAACAGCAGCUUCUCCAGUAGUUUUAGUCCGUAAAGAAGAUACCAAAAGGAAAAUUUUACAUUGUAGUGUCUCCCUUGCAGCUGCUGCAAUGUGUAUUUAUAGACUUUACAUUUCGGCCAAGUAAGGAGGUAAGAGUGGUUGUUUUUGAAAGGUUUGUUAUAGUAGUAGAAUAAAAAAAUGUCAAAAAUCAGCUAGAAGUAUUUUAGGGUAAUUUUAUGAUUGCAAGCUCAAAAAGUAAAUUUCCCUUUAUAGUUGGUUAUCUUUAAACUUCAUUUGCUGCAUUUUUUUGGCAUUUAUAUUUUGUUGUGGAUACUGAUUUGAUUCUUUUUUUGAGAAUUGCUUUGUUACAAAAAGAAUAUUGUACAAUGUCCACUGUUUAUUGUGAUCAUGUUGAAAGUAUUUGUUAAUGAAACAAUUUUACAA